GAAGUAUUUUGUUUCGGCGGAAGACCUCGAAAUGUGAGGCGGUUGUGAUGUGUCCCCAGUUUUGUUUAAAGGUGAAAGAUGGAUGCUAUAUCUGCGAGUGUGGAGAUUCCAUGAACACGUAUAUGGAAGGAGCUAUACAACAAAUGAAGCACGAUUAUGACCCGAUUUAUCAAACAGGAAGUAGAUAUCUCACCGGAAACAUGGGGUCAAGUCACCCUUCGAAUGAACAAAAACAGACUUCCGCUCAGUCCCCGUGGAUGAGUCUAGGCAUGGGAACAUUUGGCGCUAAUUCGUUUGGUGGGCCUAUGAUGGGUGCAGCGUCCUCUAUCGAACAAAAGGGGCAGUAUCUCGAACCCGACUUUAAAGAGUUUUACAGACCUGCUGGCCUUGCUUUACCAGGAAGGUGCCCGGAGCUGAACUAUGCAUGCCCGGGACAGUGCUGGAAGACAGACGGUUUUAGCGGAUGUUUCCGUUGUGAUUGUGAAGUUCAAACAUCGACAGCUAAAAGCACAUCAUCGUCCCUACAAGUGCCAAUAACUGCGCCACCUACCGAGAGGAUAUCUACUACCUCUACUGCAGCGCCAUCUACCAUGACUAAAAGUACAUCAUCCCAAGGCCCGGUAACUCUCAUAAGUAAACAGGCAACAGCGUCAACUGUUCCUUCCCAGAAAACGUCAUCAAUCCUGUCUACCUCAACAGAAGUAACCUCAUCAAAAUCAACCAAUCAAAAUAAUGGUAUCAAAAUAAACCAGAGUCAAACUAUUACCUCAACACAAUCAACCAAUCAGAAUAACGCUAUCAAAAUAAACCAGAACCAACCUUCAGAACAGACUGGUACAAAUUCAUUAUUGACGUCUGAAGGAAAUAUUCAAAAGGGCACUUUAAACAAUAAAGGUCAAAAUGGGAACACACCCGAGAAAAUUGGCGGAAAUGUGGACUCAAAGUCCAGCUUGACUGUGUUAACCGAAACUAACAGAACCGGGAGUAACCCUAGUGCAAAAAGUUUAAUGGAUCUAACAGGAGCGGAUUUAUUUAGGAUUCUAAUUGACGGAAUGAAGAAACAUCAAUCACUUCAAGAGGUGCUGUACACUUUAGCUCACGUUGGAGGUCAAGAUCAUUCGGAGGAAAACAAUGGAGAUCUACAUAACAUGGAUAAUACAGAACCAAUGAUACACGGAUCAGAGAAGGGUCAUAAAGUCAAUACCUCAGAAACAUCACUUCAACAAGCGCACAUUCUAUCAUUACAUCCAGUGACGGGUCUUCAAAACGUUUCAUCUGACGUAAAACUGGAGACAACUCUAGUGCCUCCAGUAUCAUAUAUGUCUGGGAAAUCUCAGGAAACUGAAAACACAGAAAGAGGGCAAAGUAUCGGAAAAAAUUGUGCUGACGUUGGAGCCUCGUGUCCUCUUGAGUGUCACGUGAUUGACCCAGUCUCACACUGCCCUGUAUGUGGCUGUUCUAAUAAAACCUUUAAAGCCACUGACCCCGAUAUAAAAUGCGCACCGCUAGAUGCUAGCUGUCCAAGUGACUGCAUAACUUUGACUGAUGCCUUGUGUCCCGUAUGCGCCUGUACUCACAGACAGACACACAAAGUAACAACUGAGGCCAUUACUUCAAACGUUAGUACAGAGACAGCACCAACAUCAUCUCAAAUGGUCUGUAAGAUAACAGAGGAAAUUCGAAAUUGUGAAUCUUCGUGUUUGAAGCUUGAUCAAAAUUUUUGUCCAAAAUGCGUUUGUACAAUAGAAAGCAAAACAGAAAUAGUUUCGGAUAGCCAAACGAAUACACCUGAUAAAGAAAAUGUUUGUCCAGCAGUAGAACGAGGUUGUCCACAAAGAUGUCUCAAAUUUGAUAAAAAUUACUGCGCAUAUUGUUUUUGUGAUAAUCACUAG